AUGGCUUCUCCUCGCAUUACCCUUUACUUUGACAUUGGAAGCCCAUUCAGCCAGAUCGCUUUCCAUAUCCUCAGGAACUCCCCCGUCUUCUCGAAAUGCCAGAUCGACUACGUGCCGGUUCUACUUCGUGACUUGUUCCAGAAAUGCAAUAAUACUCCUCCAAUUGCAGUGAAGAACAAGCUCCAAUGGAUCCAACGUGAGCGACUGUACUGGGGUCAUCGAUUUGGAGUUCCAAUAACGGAUGCCGUGCCCGAGGGAUUUCCCGCCUCGACGAUCGAUAUCCAGACCGCACUGUGUCUCAUUGCCAAAGAGUUGCCCGAGGAACUUGUGUCUAUUGUCGAAAAAUUCUACCAUAUUUUCUGGGCUGAGGCGGACACGAAAAUAGCUACACCUGAACGAUUCUUAGCUGUUCUUGUGAAUGAGUUAGGCGAGGAGGCCACGGAGAAGAUCCAGAAUACUUUGGCAACGUCGGAUGUGAAAGCCAUCUUGCUCGAAAACACACAGCGAGCCUUUGAUUCCGGAGCCUUUGGAUUGCCGUGGUUUGAAUGUGUCAACACGGAUGGAGACCAAGAAGGAUUUUGGGGGAUUGACCAUCUGGGUCGCUUGGCCGACUUCUUACAGCUGGAUACCAGCCUUGACCUGUCUUUUCGUGUUUUGCUGUAA